AUGUCUACCGCUGCAGGGCGCAAAAAGUCCAUGAUAUCCGCCACGACGCCCACUAUCGAGUCACCCAUCGCCAAUAAUACUCUUCUCAAUAAGGCCGCGUCCCAAUCGACUUCUCUCUAUCAGCAAUGCUCCGCUCUACGCACUCGUUUGAUGCAUGUCCAGGAUUUCCCUGACUGGUUUACCCUUUCGUCUCCUCCAGACUCUUCGCGCCGCUCGACUGAUCCCGUCACUCAGCUAUGGGAUUGCUUCGCCUUGGGUGUUCCCCUGUGCUAUCUCUAUAACCUCCUACCCGCUCCUUUUACACCUAUCAACAUAGAUACGAACCCAAGGGCUUUUGACGGUUCCAACGAGAAGACCAUGAAGCGGUCAAUCGCGCUUUUCUCGAUGCAGAUCAAGCAGAUUGAAGGCUGUGAACAAUUCACAGUAACUGAACUGUGGGAUCGUAACUCUACGGACGGCUUCGUCGUCAAUAACGUCAUAAAUUUAGUCAAGUGUCUGCCGGAAGACGUGUUUGUCGAGCCCCUACCCUCGUCGCCUGCCCUUGCCUCUGCCCAGCAGUCGACUGACUCCUUAGCUCCCGAAAGUGCUACUGCAUCAGGCGAGACUGAUGGAGGUGCUCGGUUCAACAUCGUCAAGGAGCUUGUUGAGACUGAAAGGAAAUACGUACAAGACCUCGAGGUGAUGCAGAAAUACUCCAACGCCGCCGCACAGAUGAAUGUAAUCGACCAGGACACCAUUCAUUUACUAUUCCCAGGUCUUAACAAACUGCUCAACUUCCAGAGGAAGUUCCUCAUUAGGAUAGAAGGCAUCGCAGAGCUGCCUUGGGACGAACAACGUUGGGGCGUGCCCUUCACAGAGAAUGAGGAAGCUUUUGCCGUGUAUGAACCUUAUUGUGCAAAUUAUACCACGGCCUCGGACAUUAUGCUUCAAGAGAUGAAUAACCUUGGCGCGCUUGACGGCGUGCUGCUGAAGUCGGACCUUCCAGCCUUUUUGAUCAAGCCUGUGCAAAGGAUAUGUAAAUAUCCUCUAUUAUUGGAGUCACUCCUGAAAGCUGUGACGGGAACAGACUACCCGUUCUCCGAUGAACUCAAAUCUGGUGUCGCUGCAGCAAAACGAAUCACCGACAAGAUUAACGAGGCACAGCGAAGAGCUGAGAAUGAAGCUACCGUAAAGAGCUUGGAAGGACGCGUCGAUGACUGGAAGGGUCAUCACAUCUCAAGUUUUGGAACCUUGCUCCUAGACGACAUCUUCACUGUCACCAAAUCCGAAGUGGACCGAGAGUAUCACGUCUUCUUGUUUGAGAAGAUUAUUUUAUGUUGUAAGGAAUAUCUUGCGCCUCCGGUGAACGGGCGGAAGGUGGGAAAGAGCAACUCGAUUCUCAAGAAGCCACCAGUUCCGCCACCGUUGGCGCUCCCGGGGGCUGGACCUUCGAAGAAAAGAAAUACGCCCCUUCUGUUGAAAGGUCGCAUCUUUCUGAAUAACGUAACCAAAGCGGAACCGAAGAUUUCUGCCGGGCAAUAUGCGCUUGCGGUAUGGUGGCGAGGCGAUGACGACCUCGAGUUUUUUACGCUACGUUGCCGAAAUGAAGAACAACUGAAGAUGUGGGAGAAUCAGCUGAAUCGCCUGAUUCAAGAGACAGCAAACCGCCGCGCCUCCGAUCGAAACCCCCAGCGACUAAUGCAAUACACGCAAUCCUCACAGAGUGCGUCUCACCAGAGAUCAUAUAAUACAGAGAGGUCCGCGUCAGUCUUCUCGCAAUCAACGGCGUACAGUUCUGUAUCGCCUUAUCCUUCCGCUCCUCCAAGUCGCAUGGCUCGUCAUCCCUAUGCGGCUGCAGGAGACGAUUCCCCCAUGUCUGCAACUAACGGGUCCUAUUCUAAUGGCUACCACCAUGGCCCACAAGGAUACCCACCACAUGAUGGUUUCGAUAUCGAUCUGGAGGAUGAGUAUGAGGAGUAUCCGCCAACAUCAUAUCCUUCGUCAGGACGGGGUACCCCACUCGGCUCUCGUCGAUCGGAUUAUGGCGGAUUUCCCCAGAAUAAUCCGCCAAGCGCUCGCACCGGUUCUCAUGUCUCAACGCCUGCAUCCGGCAUGAGUCCUUAUAUCGCGCCUUAUCCUGGGAGUAGACCGUUGUCUCGUCCCGCGACCGGCCAUGCGCCAGAAGAAAACGGCUUAUCGUCUGCUGCUCGGGGUUCCUUGCGUAGCCAGUUCAGUUCAACGAAGCUGAGGGCUACGUGUGAGCAGUCAGAACAGCGUUUGGCUGCUAAUACACGCGCCAGCACGACGUCAGGCCAUGGGCCGUUACGAUCACGUAGUGCAAGUCAGCCAUCCGCAUAUAAUCCCUAUGCUGCACCGCCCCCACCGCUCCCGACAUCUGUACCCUGGACCAAUCGAUCUCAUAGCUCAAUGGGACAGAACAACAAACGGGGAAGUGGCUCCAGUCAAUCUACAGGCGACAGCUCGGACUACUCGCCUCAUAGUGGCAGCUCACCAAUCACGCCGUUUGGAUCAAGCGAGUCAUCGUUAGCAGGUAUGCCGAGUUCGCGGAUUUCACGACCGCAAGAGAAAAUGGUGACAUCAGCUACAGACCGACUUUCAGGCCCAGUCAAAGUGAAAGUCCAUUUCCACGAGGACAUAUUUGUGAUUCAAGUACCUCGUUCGACAGAGUUCGACGAGUUGGUUGAGAAAGUUGGCAAGAAGAUUAGGUUGUGUGGGCCGCGUCGAGACGAUGGUCCCCUGCGCGUGAAGUAUAAGGACGAGGACGGAGAUCUAGUUUCGCUGGGAUCAACCGAGGAUGUUCAAAUGGCAUUCGAGUCCUUCCGACCCGGGAAUCAAGUAACUCUUUAUGUUCAAUGA